UUCUACCUAAGAGCUCUUCUGAUUUGUUGAGCUACCAAACCACAGUCAUGAUCCAAUGAUGUUGAUUGUUGUUAGAAGAGUCUAAAUUGAGCUAGACCUUGUUCAGUGAAAUUAAAAAAAAAGUGAAAUUAUAAGGGAUAUUUUAGACACUUGUGUCGUCCAAAUUAAGGUUCGAUUAUGGUUGACGAUUUUUGGAUGAAAAUGUUAACAGAAGGACAUGUUUGAUAUUUUUACAAAGAAUAGAGACAUGUUUAAUGUAAAUAAUAGUUAAAAGACAUGUUUAAUAAAACUCCAUAGUAGAGGAUCAUAUUAUACCUAGAAUCUUUUAUAUAUAUAUAUAUAUAUAUAUAUAUAUAUUUGUAUUUUUUUUGUUGGGUUGAGUAAUUACUUAAAUAAUAAAUGUAUACUUCACCCGACUCAAACCAAUAAUAAACAAACAGUAGAGUUCUAAUUUUUUGGACGGGUUUGAAUUGCUAUCUUCAAGAUCGGAAUAUAUGAAUAGGAUGAUAAAAACAGAGGUGUACAACGGGUCGGUCUAUACCAGAUCGCACCAGACCAAACUGACGCUCAGACUUCAGUCUGCACCAUUACGAACCGAGUUUAUAAUUUUCCGCAUCAUACCAAACCGGACCAUAACGGACCGAAUGCACUGUUGGUCCCUUCCUUUAGUCCAUAAAUAUCUCUUACUAUGGAACCUCCGUUUUCCUGACUUCAUUCCGGUCUGGUUCGGAUCUGACCGUUGGCCACCCCUAAUAAAAACGAUAAAAUCCGAACCACCGGUUCCAUGAACCCCUAAUUUGAUUUACAGUAUACGAGGCCAAUGAAUUGGGCCAGACCGGCUCACUUAAGCCCAAUACUGACUUAUCAAUCGGCCCACCACAUUACUUGAAUCUCUUCCUAGUUCCAAAGGCGUUUUCUCUUCUCUCCGCCACCUCUAGACCGGCGUGAGCCGCGAAGUGGAGCAGCGGUCAGUCGAGAGCCGGAGCAGCAAAGGGAAAACGGGGGGAAAAAAUCCGACGAACUCUGAACCAUUCUGCGUUUCGCCUUCAAGCUUCUUGCUACAUCGCGAGGAAGGGAGAUUUUCUCCAACAAUUCGCCAUGAAGUGGAAUAGAUUUGCAUCGAUCCCAGUAUGCGGCGUGCUCAUGUUAAUGGGUUUCGUUUACUACAUCACGAUCUUCAUCUUCAUCGAAGAUUGGGUUGGCUUGGCCACCUCAGCGGGGACUCUGAAUGCGCUCAUAUUCACUUUCAUGGCCUCUCUCUCCCUUUUCUCUUUCGUCGCCUCUGUGCUGACCGACCCUGGUUACGUCCCGCCCUCUGCUGCGCCUGAUGUCGAAGCGGCUGCAGUUUUGGAUCCGAAAACCCACAAAGAUAGCUCACAACUUAGGCAAUGUGAAAAGUGUUCUAGAUAUAAACCUCCCAGGGCUCAUCACUGCCGGGUCUGCAGAGUUUGUGUUUUGAGGAUGGAUCAUCAUUGUCUUUGGAUAAAUAAUUGUGUUGGUUAUUGGAACUAUAAGGCCUUUAUCGUUUUAGUCUUCUAUGCAACUGCAGCAAGCAUCUAUUCUACGGUUGUGAUUAUGAACAGUUCUUCACAUAAAGAUUGGGACUUCGCCGGAGUGCUUCCAUUCAAGAUUUUUUAUAUUAUUUCGGGGACAAUGAUGACUGGUUUGAGCAUCACGGUAAGUACUCUGCUGGGCUGGCAUAUCUACCUCAUUACACGUAAUAUGACAACAAUAGAGUAUCAUGAAGGAACAAGAGCAGCUUGGUUGGCUAAGAAAUCCGGCCAGAUUUAUCGACACCCUUUUAACAUUAGUGUCCAUGCAAACAUCUCCUCGGUUUUGGGUCCAAAUAUUCUAAAAUGGUUUUGUCUCACGGCAGUCAGCUUCCUGAAAGAUGGAACGAGUUUUCCUACCUCACAUCAGAGUUAAUUCAGUGGACUGGAUUCCUCCCAGGCAGAAUCUGAAUGUUUUAUUUUCUAUUCUUUACUGGCCAUGGUUGGUGAAGAUGAGACGAGAAACUGACCGGCGCUGGAAUAAUCUUGCUCUAUGUAAAUAUGGGAGAUCGAGUUUUGCAGCAUACUUUGCAGUGAGGUAUUGAUUAUUUUUUAUGUGCAAUUUUUAAUACUGUACUGCACUUUUUUGAAAUUGAUCGAAAGAUGUAGAAGUUGUAUAGAGGUUAUAGUUCUUACAAUUGAAGAGAAUCAUGUUGUGCGUAAACCACCAAGAUCUGCUUGCUUGACUUUAGCUAGGUUCUUCAGAAAAAUGUUAUGAACAUGCCAGCAACCAGCUUGGUCGAGGUUAUAUUAAGUCUGAGUUCGUCGAUAUCUGAAUUCUGAAGAGUUGACUUGCCCAGCCAUUUGUGAUUUUCUUCGACUUGAGUCACCUGCAUUCCGUUUUCCUGUACCAUUUUGUGUUCAUGCUUUUGAUCAAAGCAGAUCUGGCUUCUCUGGCUCCUUGGUUUUGGUUGUGCUUUUGUUUAUAUUUUCGACCUGUGAGUUAUGCUUGUACUUUUGACAUACAAGUCAGGAUAAUUUGUUACUGCUGGUCGAUCGGAAGAACGAAAUGAUCGACUUGUUGGACAUUACUUUGUUACUGCUGGAACAGGAUUUCACUACUAGAAAUUUGUCAACCUCUUCAUAGUGCGGUCGACCCACUUUAUUUUUGACGAAUAAUGUAAGAAAUGAUCCACCUAAAGAGAACCCACCACCUAAAAAGAAAAAAAAGCCUGGUUAACUCAUAUGCCUCUACAGGGCCUACUCAAUUUGUUAGCUAAACGGGGGUCUAUCUAGGGAUUGGCUGAGCCAACUACACAUUUGAUUUCCCGAUGGAUGCCUCAGCUCCUUCUUGGUUGAAGAAACCCUCCACUUCAAUUGGUAUUUUUUCACGAAAAGCAAACAUGAGAUAAGAAAUCCAGUCUUUCACUAAGAUUUCUAAUAGCUGUCCCGAAUUCAAGUUGAUUAUGUUUCGCCCCUUCCUCGGAGGCCCUUUGAUUGCUGCAUCCGUUUUCUUGCUCUGUAAAAAUUUAUAAAAAGAUGCUGGCAGCUGCUAUGUUCCUUCGAAAAGUGCAGCUGGUGGCUCUUGGAUUAAUUGAAACAAAUCAAAAAAUAUGGCUGUCCCAAUAGAGAUCCCAUCCCCUAUCAUUCUUUCUUGCCCCUACAUCAGGAAGAAGUGUCCUCGGAGCUAGGGGAAGAGAUAAGCAUCGAUAGGACAUGGAGAUGUGGGCUCAGGAAGGAGCUGAAUACGAGGGGUUUUUGGAGACCUGGCGACCCUUUGUCCAGGCGCGAAAUCAGGGCUUCCCCCUCUUCUAUGUGAGGGGGGCGUACGUAAGAACGGAACCGUCAUAGAACGCGGAGCGCCGGCCCCCGGAGCCAACGAUCCACUAAGACUAACGUAUCUACAACUACAUCCCUGAGCGGCAGUCAAACGGAGGCGUGAAUGCAAGAUGCCAGCGGAAUGAUCGGCCGGACAGAGGCUAGGGCUGCUUCCUUCCCACCGCGUCCUUCCUAUGUGAUAAGGUUAUCACAUAUCUGACCCAGUCAGGAGAAGAGAUACAGAAAGAGGAGAGGGAAGGAGGAAGUGGAGUGGAAGAUAUACUCCCCAACUGACCAACUCAGGCUUUUCUGCCUCGAACGAGACUUUAUCCCCGGUCACAAGAAUGUCACUAGAAGCUCACAUGGCGGAAGCACCCGGUACAUAUGGCCGGCCCUUCGGGUGUCUCGGUGAUACAAACAAAGAAAAAACGAAUUCCAAU